AUGACUGACAAACCAGGCCCUUCCAAGCGCUCUAGUAGCCGUUUAACUUCGUGUUCCCGUGCUAAAAAAAAAGCCCGUAAAAUUAGUACAGAUAGUAGUUUGGAAGAUUUUGUAUAUUCGAGUGAAGAAGCUGCGUUUUCUCAAUGUUGUGAUGAAGACGAUGUGAGCCGUGGAGAAGAAGGCAGCGAUAAUAGCGAUGAUAGUAUUUUUGAAACUAGGCGCCGUAAUCGAAGAGACAAACUUCAGCCGCCAGAAUGUCAGAAGAGUUCAGAGCAGGUACACAAUUUAUUAUUAUGUGAUAGAGAAGAACGCAAUAAAGAGAAACUUACUCAAGAAGUAUCUACAGAUUAUCAAAUGGAUACCUCCCCUUCUAUCUAA